UCUCUCUCUCUCCCCCUCUCUCCCUCUUUUCUCUCUCUCUCUCUCCGCAGAAUGUCCAGGGGUGAGAUCGUACAGAUCCCAGAUGACUCUCACUUCAACUCGUUCCGUGAGCAGUGUGAAGAGCAUCAAGGAUGGACGGUCCAGUACAACAAAGGAGGCACCACAGUGUGGAGCAAAGAGCCGGAAGAGAACAAAUCGGUCCAGAAAUUAAAGAUGAGGAUUAACUGCAAAGACGUGGCGGCAGAAACUCUGUACGACGUGUUGCACGACACAAACUACAGGAAGAAGUGGGACAGCAACAUGAUCGAGACGUUCGACAUCGGGCGGCUGACCGUGAACGCAGACGUGGGCUAUUACUCCUGGAAGUGUCCGAGUCCGUUGAAGAACAGAGAUUUUGUGACCUUGCGUUCCUGGCUUCCUCUGGGCAAAGAUUACAUAAUCGUCAACUACUCGGUGAAACAUCCCAAAUAUCCGCCCAAGAAAGACAUUGUCCGAGCCGUCUCCUUGCAGACGGGCUAUUUGAUGAAGUCAAACGGAGCCAACAGCUGCACCUUGUAUUACCUGACCCAGCUGGACCCCCGAGGGUCGUUGCCGAAGUGGGUGGUGAAUAAAGUUUCUCAGUUUGUCGGCCCGAAGGCAAUGAAGAAGAUUUACAAAGCUUGUCUGAAAUACCCCGAGUGGAAGCACAAACACAACCCCAACUACAAGCCCUGGCUCUACCCGGAGCAGAACUCCCUGCCCACCGUCUGCCUGUCCGAGCUUUCCCUGCAACACGCCGAUUCCUUGGAGAAGAUCGACGAGAGCUGCGUGUCCGAGGAGAAGCAACACAUCAGCGACGAGGAGGAUAGUUAUUCCAAGGAAUCGUAACAAGGGCGAGGAGG